CUUAUUUGGCCCCUUCCAUGGUAGUAUUCCUUACCAUAUCCACUUCUAUCACUGGAAGAGAUUGAUAAACAUCCUAAUUUUCACAACAAACAUCAGUCUGGAAUUUGAAAACUUCAUCACAUCCCUAUCUACCACAUCCGUGAUACGCCGCUCCGCUCGCUAUUUUGACUUGUUGAGGAUCUCUGUGCAUCAGAGUUCAUUAUGAUGGGCUAUGAGUGUGAAUACUUUUUUUCCCAUCGCGAGCCUCACUGGUCAUUGGCUUGCAUUCCAGAUCCUCAGGACGAAGAUAGCAUCCGUUAUGCUAUCCUUGCUAGCAUGGUGGAAGCACUGGUUGAUGCAUUCAAUUGGAGACUAGAACAUGGAAUUCGCCGGGAUAACACAAUGGACAAAUCUGAGUAGCGGAGAUUCAAUUUCUCAAGAGAAGAUGCCCCAUCCUGGACUUCAAAGAUUGGCCCUGUCGCAAAGCCCCUAACUUUUCAUGAGGCUGGCUCCACUGACAUGACACUUGAGCGACAUUUCUUCAAAAGAAACAUCAAAGUGCCGAAUGGAUACUUGUACACAGUAUAGCACUUGAAGAUUUAUACAGUGAACGGACAUGUCCGCCUUUUGUACCAUGGUCACCAGCCAAGAGCCGCGAAGCUCGAUCUACUUGGACGUCAGCGACAAAGAUAUUUCGUUUUCUAUAAGCUGGGAUGUGACUGAAUGGAUAGACGAUUGAUGAUCCUGCAAGGCACAGCGCUCCUAGAGGGAGUAUUUUAGUCGCAAUUCUUAACAAGGACAGCUAGAUGUUUUGUUUGUGUACGUACGCCUAAGGUCUUUAUCCAGUGUAAUCCGCGUGGCAAGAAUAGAUAGGCGAUUAGGCAGGAAGUCGCUAUGUCCAUCUUGCAGGGCAUAUAUAUGUGCACAUGGGGUAACUCCGCGGCUGGUGUCUGAAAUCAAGCCAUCUUUAUGUCUCAUUGGGUAUUAAUGAUUAGAUGACAGAUGAUAGGAAGGGGAAGGAAUUAAGUUCCAAUUUAAUACAACAAUGAGUACAAUACAGGCAGACUACAGCUUAAGGCAGGUUCUCUAUUUAGUGACCUGUGUAGCAGUUCUCAUGCACAAAACCGAUCAUUUUGGGUUCCUAAAUUCACAUCACACAUCUUGCAAUGCAUCGGCUUAAAAUUGUCAAGAUGCCAUCUCCCGAGAUGCAUAAGAAUGAAAUACCCCAUUAUUAAGGCGAAUAAAACAAAACUUGGGACUGUGCUCAAGCAGUUGCAGCAUACAGUAGGUUCAGUGACUACUACAACUCUUGAUUUUGUAUCAAGAUCCAGCCCAGAGUGGUCAACAUUCGGAACAAUGUGGCCUUCUUCUACUCCACAAUAGGCCGUA